AUGUUUGAUGAUUUGAAGAGGGACAGAGCAGGCAGGCGAGACGCGACAAGACAAGACAAGCCGAGACGAGACGAUACAGAAGUCAAGAACCCCCGUCGGCCCAUUGGGCUGGGUCCAGAGGAAAAAAAUAGAGGGAGAGACAGAAUCCGGCAGAUUGGGUGGGAAAACAAAACACAAAACGCCCAACACGAUUCAUGCCUCGCAUCGACUCUAAUUACACCAAACACCCUCAUUGUUUGUCCUACCCACUCUACUCUAGGUACUCUAUCCUGUUCCUGUGCCGCGUCCUCCGUGCUUCGUAGCCUAAUACUAAUAAACUACACACAAUAUGACAAUGACAUCCUUAGUUGUAGACCCAUCGAUUCCGUUCCGUCGGGCGCUCAGCACGCUCGCAAUUCACUGGUUCUUAGACAGAUGGCAUUCUACCCGUUAGAUGCUUCAAUGCACUCUGUAUCCAUCGUUGCCGCACAAGGCUUCGGUAAGGGAGGCUUCCAAUCAUGCCUGCAACCAUGCCCAUCUCCACCUCCACCGAAUGUAGGCAUGUCCUGGACCGGACUGGACUGGGCUCGUCGCACAAACCCUCCAGUUACGGGGGCCGGCGAGUCCCUCGAAGAAUUCGAUGUGUACAGCCCUGUUCGAACGAAGGAUGCGCUGCACAUCCCGUCGCCGCCGAUUCUGCAAAUGGUGCACUACUCAGUUCAGUCGGCGACCAAUGGCAACGGUUACGGUGACAGACUACAAAACCAUUAA